UGAUUGCAAGUUUCGUGUUUGUUUGGAUCAAUCUCUGUUGCUGUUUGUUCUCUCUGGAAUAGGCUGUUUAUGUGUAGAUGCUCAUUUCUCUUAACUGCGCAUAAAAAUUUUAAAAAUGUUUCCCCCUAAAAUAAGUGGUCCAGUUAUGAUAUGCGUUUUAAUUAUAUCUGUGAUAUUAAGUACAGCUGUCUGUCAAAUAGAUAAUGAAACUGAAACUAGUACAGGAUCUGCUAAGGAGGUUACGGUAGUUCAGCCUACAACUGUAAAACCUGAAAAUGUUUCUUGUGAAAGUCACAACAAUGACUGCAAAGGUUGCGUCUCUAAUUCAAAUUGUUAUUAUUGUGAAACUGAUGGAGUCUGCUAUUUUAAAAUAACAAAAGUUUUGACUGAUGAUAAAUGCAACUUGAAGAAAAUUCAUUAUUUAACAUGUAGAGUCAACUUUCAGUAUCUGAUGAUAAUCAUUGGGGUAUUUGCUGGAAUAGCACUGUUGAUUGUAACUAUAUGUUGUUGCUAUUGUUGUUGUAAAAGAAGAGGGAUCAAAAUCUCGAAAGAUGAUUUGAAAUGGGCUCGACAGCGAGAAGAAAGGAAGCAAAUUGCUGCCGAAAGGAGAAAAGAAAGAGCUGAAAGAACUGAAGAAAUUCGCAAAAAAUAUGGUCUUGUGAAAGAUUCAAACCCGUAUCAAAGAUUUGAUGCAUAAGCAGUAAAAAGAGAAAAAGAUGCUAACUGUUUGUGGUUUCUGGAGAAAGUGUGGUGUUCCAUCUGGUGCCUUUACAUUUUGGAAUCCAUUCGCUUUUUUAUUAUUCUGAUAUUUAUGUAUUUUCGUACAUGUAUGUGCUGUGAUGGUUGAUAUAAUUAAAAGCUUUUCCCCUCUUUACUGUCUGAAAAGUAAUGAGUAGCAGAUAUCAGUAUUUUCCAUGUUUUCUUUAUCAUGUUAGUACUGUAUCUUCUCAAUGGUCUGAAUUUUUUUUUUGUAAUCAUCAGUAUUAUAUUUUACUGAAUGAUUAUUUUGAGCUGUGAAACUCUUAAUAAUGUAAUUUACAAUUCAGAAUUCUGCUUAUUUUUGUUAUAGAUGAUUCAUUAUAUUUUCCUUUUAUUUAGACUGAGAUUUCAAUUUUCUAUAGUAAGAAAGAUAAGUUUUUAUUUUUGAUAUUGAAUAAAAUUAUAUAAAUUUUCUGUGCCUCAAAUUGUAAACAAAAUUUUCUAAUUACAAGCAUAAUCAUCAAUCAUCAUCAAUAAUUAGAAGAUGAUGGAAUAUUUCUUUUGUAUUGUCUUUUGUAUUUUUUUCAGUAUAAUCUUUUGAAAUUUUUUUUGGAUGUAGUGAAUAGUUAAUACUUCUGGAUAAAAUCUAUGCUUAUGUAUAAUUCAGUGUCUUAUGGGGUGAUAAUACUUUUUGAUAAAUAUUAUUGCAAUAAGUAAUGAUAUUUAAAAGUAUAGUUUUGAAUAAUAUAUGCAUUCUUUGUACUGAGAGCUAAAAGAGAUUUGAUUUUUAAAGAUUUAUAUAUUUUUAAUAUACAAUAUUGGGUGAACAGUAGCAAUACUUUACAUUGUUAAUAUAUUUCAAGAUUUUGUAUGUGCUGUAUGAUAAUCAGUAUUUUAAAAUGCCGAUGAUUUGUAUUAUGUUCUAUAAAAUGGCGGAAUUGUGAGCAUAUCAUGUUAAAAAUUUUUUAAAAACAUCUUGAUUUUUAUCUCUGUAUAAAACAUCAAAUCAUUGUAAUUUCAAAUCAUGCCUUUUUUAAAUGUAUAAAUUUUAUAUUAUUCAUAAUCAUUCUUGAAGUUGUAAAUAUAGUGAAGUAUUACUACAAUCAGACAACUUUUUGCUGUAUUAGAUUUCCAGAUAAUUUUUAAAAAAUGUAUUUUAAAAUAUGAAUGAAAAUAUCACAUUUAUGCAGAAUGCAUUAAUUUAAUUAUGCAUUCGAAUUAUUGCAGGUAAUAAUUAUAAAGAAGGCCAUAUGAAAUUUUUCAUGAGCACUGAAUAAAUAAACAAUGUGACACCUACUUAAUUUUUCCUGCCAGUUUUUGCUCUAGAAAAUAAUUACGCUGUAGUUGACUUAAAAUUUUGUGUAUAAUGUGGAUGUUUCUCUUGUAAAUUCAGUAUACUUAUAUGUUUUAACAGAAAUGAGGAAUUUAAUUUUUAAAUCAUCAUUCAGUGUAAUUUACAAAGAUAAAGAUAAUUUAUAUUCUUGCUAUUAACUAAUCUAACAAAUUAUAUAAUCUUAAUUCUAUUUAGGGAAAUCAUUCCUAGUGUAUUCAAUAAUAUUGUAUAUAUUACUAAAUAAAUGCUUAUUUUGAGAAUACAUUAAUACUUUUUAUAGCACAAACUUUCAUUUUUCAAGCAGAUCUUUCUCAAACCUUUGAAUAAAUGUAAAAAUCGUUGGUAUUUUAUCAUGAAAAUCUUUCCUGACAAAGAAAAAUAUAUUUAAUUUAGCUUAGGUGCAUUAUAUUUAUUAUAGUGUUUGGUAUAUUAAUGAUACAUAUUUUUUACUUUUAUGUUCCAAACUUAAUAUCUGAAGUCUGCUUAUACAUUUGUUGAUUCAAAAAUUUUACCGAGUACUUAAAUCAUUUUAGGAUACUUAUAUUAACUUAUUUUGCUUUGCAAAACAAAACUUUUUUAUAAUUUAAUUGAAUAAUUUGAAAAAUUAACUACAAUAAAAACAACUUCUUGCAUAAAAUUGUUAAUGUUUUGUUUCCAUUGGACAUUUGUCAAUUUCAAGAAAACAUACUAAUCAUUAAGAUGUAUUCUCAAAAAAAUUCUUUGGGAUUGCUGAUUAUUAGAUAUAGUUUUUAUCUAUUCUUAUAUGGAUGUGAUAUUCACCAUAUCUGCUGUCAUUCUUAUCCUAUUUGUUGUAUAUAUAAUUGCAACUUUUCUCAUUUAUAUCUAUUUGAAUUUUGUUAAUUUAUAUGAAUUAGCUUUCAGGAUUUGUAUUUUGAUAUUAAAAGGAUUAGGAAUUUUAGGUGUAUAUAUUAGCAAAAGACUCUUUGAAGGAUUUUAAAAUGUAUGUGUUGAAAUUGAGCGAAAAAUUGUGUAAAGUUUUGUACAGUUUUCACUGAUAAAUAAAUGUUUGUAUUCAUUCUGCCA